AUGCUCAAGUUCUCGUCUACAGUUGCUCGCCAGGGAAUCAGUCGCGUUCCGCGUCACUUGCUUGCUAGAAAAUCAAGCAUAGCCACGAAAUUACUGCAUACUAGCUCAAAGCCUGCUCGUUGGACACGGCCGGCUUUAUAUAAUACUUUAUCACCCCCCACUCUACGAAACGAGUUUCAUUCUGCGGUUGCAGCUCAGGUCAUCAAGCCAUUUUUGUUAGCCGACAUCGGUGAAGGUAUUACCGAAUGUGAGGUUGUGCAAUGGUUUGUAGAACCAGGUACCGAUGUUUUGGAGUUUGACAAGAUCUGUGAGGUUCAGUCUGAUAAGGCGUCUGUGGAGAUUACAUCACGAUAUUCCGGUGUGAUCAAAAAGCUGCAUUACCAAGCCAAUGACAUGGCUCGUGUCGGCCAACCUUUGGUCGACAUUGACGUGGAUGAAGGCGAUGCUAUGGCUGUAGAAGGUGAUAAACCACCCCAAUCUGAGCCUGUGCCAACGACUCCUCCCACCUCUACUCCUGAAUCACCACAACCUGUCACUCCGUCCACCCCACCAUCAAAAGAUGCUAGCAUUCUCAGUUUGGCUACACCUGCUGUAC